UUUAUAGACCUGGCGAACAGUAACAGGAGCGGUCUGUUAAAAUCAUUAGCCACACGCCCAGACGCUUAAUCCUGCCUGAGAGAGCGAGCGCCCACUGUCACAGCUACUAAAUUUGUCUUCACUUUCCCCAUCGCUCUAACCCUUGAUCUCUUAGAGAGGAGACCCAGGGGUCUGUCAGGGUCCUCCCAACAAAACGGUGAUGAAUGGCGUUACCAAAAAAGAGAGCAACAGCCAAGACGAGAACUCGGUUCAGUGCAGCAGUGUCGGGAGUGUCUCCAAGUGUGACUUUGUGGCAGAUGAAAUGCAGGAGCUCACUUUGCAGGUGAACCAGCAGUUGCCACCACUAACAGAGAGGAAGAAUGUUGUGCAGUUAAGACUUCAACAGAGGAGAACAAGGGAGCAGCUGGCAGACCAAGGCAUCAUGCCACCGCUGAAGAGUCCUGCUGCCUUCCAUGAGCAGAAGAAAAGCCUCGAGAGAUCCAAGACAGAGGAUUACUUAAAGCACAAGAUAAGAAAUCGACCUGAGAGGGCAGAUCUGGUCAAUAUGCACAUUUUUCAAGACUCUGCUGCUGAAGGCCCUCAGCAGGCCACCCAGAUGAAGCUAAAGCGUUCUCGCCUGGCUGUUGACCUGAAUGAGAAGAUUGCUCUGCGGCCCGGACCACUUGAACUGGUGAAGAAGAAUAUCAUUCCUGUGGAUUCUUCUGUCAAGGAGGUGGCAAUGAAAGUUAAUCAUGGCAAGUUCCCAAAAGAGGAAGACACAUAUGCAUUCGAGGAAGAGAGCAGCAGCGAUGGUCUAUCUCCAGAGCAUGGCAGGGGUGAUGAAUCCCAGGGCCCCAUGGAAAUUAAGACCUCCGAAGUCCCCUCUCCUACUCCUUUGGGUGCCUCUCAGGUUUCUCUAAGCCAGGACGCAAAUGUACAGAAUGUUUUCUAUGGGAACCAUAUACGUGAAACAGAGAGUCCCAAACAGAUUCCAACUCCUCACACACCUCCCAUACCAGUCUCUGCGAUCAACAAGUCAAAAACACUUGAUAAAAAUCGACACAAGAAACCCAAAGACACUAAGCCCAAAGUGAAAAAGCUCAAGUACCACCAGUACAUUCCUCCAGAUCAGAAGGCAGAGAAGACUCCUCCACCCAUGGAUUCAGCCUAUGCCCGUCUGCUUCAGCAGCAGCAGCUCUUCCUCCAGCUGCAGAUCCUGAGCCAACAAAAGCAUCAUCAGCACUCUCAUCCGCACCAACAGCACUUCAACUACCAGACCGCGUCGCCACCCCAACUCAAACAACAUAAUGAACCCUUGCCAAGAAGUCCAAAUCUGGGAGUCAGUGCCAGCUCUACAACCUCCCCAGUGAAAAACAGCUUUACUGGCCAAACAUGCAUCUCCCCAAUUAAGGCAGGACCUCUUCCCUCCAACCUAGAUGAUCUUAAGGUAUCUGAGCUUAGACAGCAACUGAGGAUUAGAGGUCUUCCUGUAUCUGGCACUAAAACAGCGCUUGUGGAAAGACUGAGACCUUUCCAGGAUCCAUCUGCAAACAAUGGAAUGCCCUUGGGAGAUAUUAAAACCAUUACUUUCCCAGUUACUCCUGCUAGCUCCAUGACAGGCUAUCAGGGAUCAUCUGGCACACCUUCCAAUGGCUUUUACCAGUUCAGCAGCACCAGCUCCAGUCCACCUAUUUCCCCAGCAUCAUCUGACCUCUCAGUUAGCGGGUCCCUACCAGAUAGCUUUAGUGAUGUCACGUUGUCUUCCCCUCCAAUAUGCCUCCAGCCGUCUCCGGGCCAUCUGAGCACAGAGGAAGGGCUAAUGGGAAACCUGAAUGGAGGCUGCAUGCAGGCAGAGCUGGAGGGUUUGGAUGCAGAGAAAGACAAAAUGUUGGUGGAAAAGCAGAAGGUAAUCGAUGAGCUCACCUGGAAGCUACACCAGGAACAGCGGCAAGUUGAGGAGCUGAAGAUGCAACUGCACAAGCGCAAGAGGAAUCAUAGCCAGCAGGAGGAGGUUGUUACAUCGCCAUUUUUUGGUGUUUCCAUCAAGCAGGAGCAUGUUGUUUCCAGCUGUCCACUUUCAAACAAGCAUGUGAAAACGGUCAGCUCCUGCCAACCGUCGCACCUGCCUGGCAUGGUGAGCCCUCUCUGCUUGGAUGCCACAUCCGGAAGUCCAGCUCUGUCUGCUUUUCUAAGCCCACAAUGUUCUCCACAGCAUUCACCUCUGAACAAGACAGCAAGCAGCCCUCAGCACUCGAGCCUUCCUCCAUCCCCCAGUAACCCUUACUUUCUAUCAGUGUCACCCAGUGGCCAAACCGGAGAUGGAAACAAGCAUUCACCACAUCGACCCCUGCAGAUUUCCCAAAGCACCAGUGGCCACUCUGGAAGCUCCACGUGUUCUUAUCCCACAGAUCAGAGGAAUAUUCAACCGCCAUUUGCCAACACCAACAACAGGGAUCACCCAGUCACUAAGAGUCAAAGUAUACAUCACAAGAUGGCUAUAUUACACUCUCCAGGGCACGGGGGUCAAAAGUUUCCCUUCUCUUCUGCUGCCUUCUGUAGCUCAGACUCUACUGCAUCAAAGAUAAAACAGCCCCCCUCCUAUGAGGAUGCAGUAAAGCAGCAGUUGACACGAAGCCAGCAGAUGGACGAACUAUUAGACGUUCUCAUUGCAAGCGGAGAAAUGCCAGCAAAUGCUAAAGAAGAACAAUCCUGCCCUCCCAAGAUGGUGCCGCAAAUCACGGUGUCGUCUGGAAACUCCAAACUGCUGCGGACCUACGAGCACAUGCCCUCCUCGCAGGCUCCUUUUGAACCCGGGACAAACAAUGGAAGUAGCCAUCUAGACACCUUGCUGAGCACCUCAAUUAGCAGAGCGAGUGAAAUUGUUCUUCUCAAACUCGGGGAAGAGGGAGGAGUGGGCGAGGAGUUUUUGGUGGCUCGUCAGGAGGAACUUCUGGGCACUCCUGAAAUGAUGGACACUCCGCUCUCCCCAAUGAGCGUCCGUAUUUCACCCACCUCUUCCACUGAGAGUCAAGCUCUGGCCUUAAGUUUCUCGGAGUCUCCCUGGGAAGCCAUGGAGUGGUUAGACCUAACUCCGCCCAGUUCGGCCACCAGCUUCGUCUCCCUGCCAGCAUCUGGGCCCAGCAUCUUUAAUGCCGAGUUCCUGGAUGUAACGGAUCUCAGUUUGAACACUGCCAUGGACCUCCAUCUGGAGCAGUGGUAAACUGGGUCACUGCCGAUAUCCGCCUUAACCAAAGAGCUACAUUCACAAACUGCAGGGACGUUCCUUAAACUGGUGAGGAUGCUGAUAGCAACAAAGACACGGGCGUCCUUAGCGAAAUGCCGUCUUUUGCUCAAAUGCCCUGUGAAGGCAGUGAAAUUGCAGACCCUGUCCAAGUGCAAAGGACACUUUUAACUCUUUUUUUCAUUGACGACUGUCACUCUUAUCAUCGUCCUCGGUAUUCUUUGCUUGAAUCGGUGGAAGCGGAUCCAACAGGAGGCCAUUUUGCCAGAGGGAUGUCGACACCGACGUUAAUCAAGUAGCCCUGACAUAGGAAGCAGCUGCUGGCAUUGACCUUGAGGCCCGGUCUCCAGAAUAUUAUUGGACUUUGUCAAAAGUGGAAUUGCAUCUUGGAAACAUCACCUCAGCUGUGUACCAUGGGAUGUCCACGAUUCCAGUGUAAAUAUUUCACCUCGCACAGUUUAGCUUAGAAAACCAAAGUCACGACUGGCAUUUCAUGGCACACCCAUGGUGGUGUUCUGGAGACUCGAAUGCCCUCCUGAGCGAACCUCCUACGUGUAACAAACUAGGAGUCGAUCCCACUACUGCCAUGCAGGCGGAACAAAGACGUUUUUAUUUUUUAUGAAAUGUGCCAAAGCUUCACGUGUUUACUUAUUUAAAAAACAAAAUCCCCGAAAGAACAAAUUCUUUUUUCUUUAAUGUCUGUUCAUUGUAUGUUAUCAGUGUAUCCCUAAUGUGUUAGGAUAAAAGAAACGCAUUUAUGUUAACGCCACCCAAGCCGAGUGACACCAAAACAUUUUUAUAUUCUCCAUUCUUGAGAGUAUUUUUAUAAUAAAUAUAUUCUACAUUAUGUUAAAGAUCAUAAACAUUCCAGCAGAGUCCCACGGGACACCAGAGAUGAGCAGGAUUGUGAAAAUGUAAACCAUAUAAAAAUGUCUGAGCAGCUCGUCUGAAAGGUAAGGGCUGAACUGACAGGCGCAAACGUCCCAGCGCUGCCAUUACGAGACGAUGAACGGCGGAGCGCUGAACGAGUGCACUGCUCUGUCUGUGCGUUCCUGAUGCCUUCAUCUCCACUCGUUCUUUUUGUAACCUGCUUGUUUGUCCAGCUCGGUCACAGGGUGCAGAUGCUCAUUCCAGGAGCGUUGUGUGCAAAGCAGGAAGCAGCCUUGGCCAUGGCGCCAAUUUACACACAUGAGCGCAACACUCGCACUGCCACUGUGCCAGUUGAGAAUGGCAAGAUACAGGAAGCACACGCACACUAAGAGUUCAAACCCAGAUCUGUUAGACAUUCGCACUAACCACUGAGCCACUGGGCCUCACUCCUUCUGCGUUGAGGUUUAUUUAUGUGCAUGAAAAUGCCUGCUUGGCACUGACUGCCCACUGAGCUGAGCGAUGGCAGGAUAGCCGGGCCGUGGAGGCCGAGUGGAGAUGUUGGAUGAGAUACGCUGACCACAUCCCUUUCCUGUAGAUGACUCUCUCGAGCCUUAUGGACCCUGCGACUUUGUGCCGCCGUUCAGCCAUCUUUUACUAAGAAGGCUGGUGUUCUGUCCAUUCAGCCGUCCAUUUCCUUACCAGGUUAUUUUAAUUCUAGGUGGCAGUAUGGGCGGUGGAAGCAGCAGAGUGACAAGUGCACACCUGCUAGGGUGACAGUAUUUGAGGUAAAUGGACCUUUUUAAACGAAUGUCCUUCUACUUGACCCUAAUGUGAAAAACGGGGCCGGGCAGUCUGGUGCACAAGCAGCAUUUAAUGCGGGCAUCCAGCGGUUACGAGUCUGAGAGCCAUAGUGAGGUAAAUGGGGGGGGGACCCCCGGACCCCCAUACACCUGACAGUCAUUGAGGUCUGCAGUGCAGGGUAACGGAGACGUGGGCUUGUGUUUGGUGUUUAACAGAUGGACCCCCAAAGGACAGACUCAAGCGCAUUUCACAGUGACAUCCGUCGACUCGCAUGACACUCGGGGGCCACUGAGAGUCGGCUGUACAUGGGUGGGCUUCAACAAAGCACUUCACAGGCUAAACCCACCCGGGCUUACUGGGCCUCACCACACGUCUGAAUGCACCCGCAAACCUCUGCCAAGACUGCUGGGUGGGCACCUCGAGGAGGUCUUGGGGGCCGUAGCCCCUUCAGUGCCCAUUUGAGAUUUAAGAAGCAUGGAAACGGGGGAUCACAAAGCCCACUUUGGGACUUGACUGCCAGUUGUGGUGCCUUUCCAAGAUUAUUUAAUUUGUAUUUUUACUUUCUCAAGUCUGACCAAUUUUGAAGGCUGGAUUCUCUCCUGCUUGAUGAAUGCCAUGCUGUUUGCACUCUGUAAAUAUUGUACUUUAUUUCUUGUGCUGUGUUUGUGUACAGAAAAUAACAAAAAAAAAAAAAAAUCUAGGAAGACGUGGCAGUCGCCGGCUGCCACAGAAGCUCCCAAGUGGUUUGGCCGUUUUGUGUCCUUAAUAAAUCUUUUUACAGUACA